AGAGCUACUCCGGCAACCAUGAAUCACUACCACAUCUACGAAGCCAUCGGCCGCGGCAAACAUUCGACCGUGUACAAAGGGAGGAAGAAGAAGAGUAUCGAGUACUUUGCGAUCAAAAGUGUUGAUAAAUCGCAGAAGAGCAAGGUUCUCCAAGAAGUUAGGAUUCUUCACUCUCUAGAUCAUCCUAACGUGCUGAAAUUCUAUUCCUGGUAUGAAACUUCAGCACAUUUGUGGUUGGUUUUGGAAUAUUGCGUUGGGGGAGAUCUCAUGUCCUUAUUACGGCAGGAUGGCCAGCUGCCCGAAGAUUCAAUUCAUGAUUUUGCCCAUGAUCUCAUUAGAGCUUUGCAAUUUUUACAUUCGAAGGGAAUCAUUUACUGUGAUCUGAAACCAUCAAACAUCCUGUUGGAUGAAAAUGGCCACAUAAAGCUAUGUGACUUUGCAUUGGCAAGGAAAUUAAGUGAUAUAUCUAAAACUCCUUCUUCCAUGUUGCCACAAGCAAAACGUGGAACACCCUGUUAUAUGGCUCCUGAGCUGUUUGAGGAUGGAGGUGUCCAUUCUUAUGCAUCUGAUUUCUGGGCCUUAGGUUGUGUGCUGUAUGAGUGUUAUACAGGGAGGCCUCCCUUUGUAGCAAGAGAAUUCACUCAGCUGGUAAAAUCCAUCCUCUCAGACCCAACUCCACCUCUUCCUGGAAGUCCAAGCCGUCCUUUUGUUAAUUUGAUUAAUUCUCUCCUCAUAAAAGAUCCAGCUCAGAGGAUACAAUGGCCUGAUCUUUGUGGGCUUGCUUUCUGGAGAACUAAAUUCACUUCAGUACCUUUACCUCCUCAGCCUGCUUUUGAAUAUAUGAUAGAAUCACAUGCUAAACCAUGUCUCUCAGAACGUAAUGGUGACAGAACUUCUGAAAGCAAGACUCCUCCUAAAUCUCGGGGAAAAGUUUCUAAGGGGCCUUUAAAACAGGAUGAAAAUUUUGUUGUGGGUUCAAGAGGCCAUGAGACACCUAUUAAGGAUACACCAGUCGGCAGUAAAACUCAAACAAAGUCUUCUGGCAGAGGAGUUGAGGAGAAACGGAAAGAUUCUUCUCGUUUUAAUAAGCAUGUGAGCCUUUUAAGGUUGUCAAGAAUUGCAAAAACGAAUUUACAGAAGGAGAAUGACAAAGAAAAUUACCGGAGGCCCAUGCCUAAAGGCUCUGAGAAUGAUUCUGAAGUCAAAAUUGGGAACAAUGAUAUGGAACUUGAUUUUAAUGAGAACACUGAAGAUGAGGCAAACGAUGAAGCAGAUGGAUCGGAGACCCCAACCUGUUCGCAUGAUGACAAAUUAUCUAGUCAAAAACAGCAGCUGGUAAAGCUGGAAGAAACGGAUAAAGGCAUUCAACAAUUAGAUAGCCAACAAGCUAGUAAUUUACCUGCCUCGGAUGAAUCAAGAGCAUAUGAUCUGGAAUCAGCCUCAGAUCAUGCUGAAGUGGCCGCUACUCCACCUAGUUUUUCUGGCAUCCAUCUGAUCUUUCUGUAAGACCUGUC